AUGUUGUUGGACGAUACGGCGACGUUUCAAGGGGAAAAGACGGCGCCUCCGAACUUGAACUCGCUGAGAGGGUUUGAAGUGAUCGAUGCGAUCAAAUUGGAGUUGGAAUCGGUUUUCCCUGAAACCGUCUCUUGUGCCGACGUUCUCGCCAUAGCUGCCCGCAACUCUGUUUUUCUCGCAAUCAUGCUCAGUUUCUCCCUUUUUACCGCCACGUUAAAAAAUCUCACGAAUCUCCAGGCGGCGGCGGCUGCUCGACAUGAAUAUGGAGUUCAUCCAGUGUCUGGAGCAGCUGUGCUCGUAGUCGACGACGGCGGUGGGGGAGCUGACAAGGGGACACCUUUCACGUUCGACAGCCAGUACUACGUGAACCUGAUGUCGGGAGAAGGGCAGCUUUCGUCGGACCAGGCGUUGGCUUAG